GCCCUGCACUGGGUUCUGUUUGACCAUGGACACUGCUGGAUACAGCAAGUGGGACAGCCGGUCUGGGGAGGUCCUCGGAGGGCUCUGGGGUCGCUGGGAGUACUGCAAGCAACGAUUUUUCUUCCUGACCCUGGUUUUCCUGGUGGCCACGGUCCUGUGGGCUCUCAUUCUGAGCAUUCUGUUGUCCAAGGCCUCCAUGGAGCGGGGGGUGCUGCUCGGCCAACAGGACCUGCUGAAGACCAAUGCCUCAGAACAGAUGGUGGUGCUGGGCACCUUGAAGGCGGAGGUCGGAGCCUGCAACAGCUGCUGCCUGGGGACCAAGACAAAACUGCAGACCACCCUCACUGAACUUGGGGAGACACAGGCAAAAGUGCUGCAGCAGGAGAGCGCCCUGAAGGAGCUGCAAGAGCGCGUGACCCAGGGCCUAGCCGAAGCCGGCAGGGACCGAGAGGACGUCCGCACUGAACUAUUCCGGGUGCUGGAGGGCAUCAAGUUCCAGAACGGUUCCUGCGAACUGUGCCCCAAGUCGUGGUUGCCCUUUCAGGGCUCUUGUUACUAUUUCUCCGAGCCACCGGGCACGUGGGAGAAGUCGCAGCACCUCUGCGCAAAGCUCGGCGCGCACCUGGUGAUCAUUGGGGGCCUGGAGGAGCAGGGCUUCCUGAAUCAGCAUACGCGUGGCCUCGGUUACUGGCUGGGCCUGAGGGCCGUGCGCCGCUUCGGCAGGGUUCAGAGCUACCAGUGGGUGGAUGGAGUCUCACUCAGCUUCAGCUACUGGAACACGGGAGAGCCCAAUGACUCGAACAAGCAAGAGGACUGUGUCAUGAUGCUGCACUCGGGGCUGUGGAACGACGCACCCUGCAGCAGUGAGAUGGACGGCUGCAUCUGCGAGAAGAGGCGCAGCUGCUGACCCCGCCCAGUGCCCAGAGCCACGCCCGCCGCGCGCGGGAUCCCAGAUGCGACUUGCUGCUGGAACCGCUGCCUGCCGAAGGUUUCCUUUUCCCCAUUCACCCUACUGAGAAGCACUCCACCCAACUCAGCCCUGAGCAGUGCCCAGGCUCCAAGCCCCCUGCGCUCCCGCUUAACCUCCCCUCCGUCAGCUUCAAAAAUUCCUGUUCCUGGUCCCCGUCUUCUGAGCCACCUCUCUUCCUAGUCAGGAAAGAGGGAUGAAACUGUCUGCCUUUUCCAUCAUCCCCCGUUUCUUGAGUAGCAGUCUACCCUGUCAUUCCGCAGCAGACAUCACCGCCGAGACAAGGCCCUGAGACAGGGGGAAGGGUCUUCCCUUUUUAGAUUAUUGGUCCCUUUUACCCAGGGCACCUGUGACUAUCAGGAAACAUCCCAGAGAAAAUGGGCUUUGGAGAAAGGGUGGGAUUUCAGCAGGUGGAGCUAGGAAGGCGGUGGGGUGAGGAGGGGGGAGUUGCAGGCAGGACCCAGCAGGGCCCGGCUGCCAGUCCCCAGCAUGGAGUGUGGAGGUGCGGGGUGCAAAGGCCUGGCUGGAACAGCUGGGGACUUCUGAUCUGGAUUCACCCUGCACUCCCCAAGUCUCCUGCUUUCACUGGGAGGACUUGGGGGCUGUCCGAGAAUUUCCAGUGGAGAUGGAUCCAACUGAGGACAGUAACAGCCAGCCGCUUUUAGUUCCAGGCAGAACUGAGUCCAUAACUAAAGGCUGCUUUAACUCCCAGAAUGCCUGGCUGUGGCAGAAUGAGGCAGAUAGAAGAGGAAUACCAUGCAGAUACAGACUCUGUCCACCAUGCCUUCAAAUCCUCUCCUAGUCAAUUCCAAACCCAGCCCUGCUCCAGGACCUUCUGUCUAUCACUAUCAAUUUGACUUGUCUCUUGUCAAAUUCUAUAUAUGUUGAAUUACAUAGGGCAUAGCCUUUAGUUUCUGAAUGCUUUCUCUCAGCGUAAUGUUUUUGAGAUUCACACAUGCUAGUAUGUGAAUCAGUGAUUUUCUUCUUUUUAUUGCUGAGUCAUAUUAUGUUGUGUGGCUGGACCACAAUUCACUUAUCUGCUCACCUACCGAUGGAUGUUUGGGUUGCUUCCAAUGUAAGGUACUAUGAAUUGAGCUGUGGUGAAUAUUCUUAUACAAUUCUU